ACAAUUCACUUAUAAAUGCAAUUAAAUAAUACAUAAUACAUAAAUACAAAAUAAUUUUAUUUCGCCAACCAUAUUAAAUUGUGCAUUUUUAUAAUUUAAUAUAAUUUAUACUUUUAAUAAAAGUUAAACAUCGUUAUAAUUAAAUUUAUUUAAAAUGAGACACAUUUUAAUAGUAUUAUCGUUCAUGUUUAUAGUCGCCAACAAUUACUGGCUUAAUUGUGUGGCUGAAAGUACCAUGGAAAAGUUUGAGAAAAUACAAUCACUACUGUGUGUCCCCAAUAAGACAGACACAGCGAUUGUGGAUAAAGUGAUUGAAUGCGCGCCGAAACACAAUCAAACGGCUGAAGAGAUAGCGUUUGAUAAAAAACUUUCAAUCAAACAAACUGAUUGCGCAAAAAAUGCUGAUGUGAGCGCCUACACCAAAGUGGAUCAAACAGUUAUGAUGCGCAAGGGAGCAUUGUUUUUGUAUUGCGAUAAAGAGUUUCUCAAUUGUUUGGCCAAAGUGUUUGUCGAUAAUAAAGAUUUAAUGGAUGAGCAAAAACGUAUAGACAACGCAACAGAUACAGCGGUUUAUGAGAAACAAUAUCAAUGCCUACUGGACAUAUUCAAGAAUUAGCGAUGACAAACUAUGAACAUGAACCAGAACAAUUAAUUUGACAGUCACCACUACUCUUUAUUCUUAUAAUUGAACUUUUAUUUUCACCCUGAUUAGAAUUGACAUGAAAAACUAAAUACAUGUAUUUCAAAUAAUGUUAAAAUGUUCCAAAUCAAAUCAUUUUAUUUUUUAAAUUAUAUACAAAUAUAAUUAAAAAUUU